GAAACAAGAGUGCGUUUUAAGAGGUUAGAAAAGUGUUGUCGUUUUCUUUUUUCUGUGUUCUUUUUUUAAUUAUUUGCUGCCAAAAUACUUAAAAUAUAUGGUUUUAAAUACACCGGCAGGUCAGCAGAGGUAUUGUCCAAGAUGAUGCAGGCUUUGAAAGGCGUCAGACACCUGAAGUCCAGUGCAAUAAAACAAGCAGUUUCAGAGCUCUCUAUUCCAGUCCCGUGGGGAGAGAUCAGAGGUAAAGUCUGGGGUCCUGAUCAUGGUCGUCCUGUGCUUUGUGUUCACGGCUGGUCUGACAACUGUGGCACAUUCAACACCCUCAUUCCCCUGCUGCCCAAAGAGUGCAGGUAUGUGGCGGUGGACCUGGCAGGUCACGGUCGGUCGUCACAUCGUCCUCCUGGAGUUUUCUACCUCUUUCCUUCGUAUGUGAUGGAUGUACGCAGAGUCGUUGAUGCUCUGCAGUGGAGCAAAUUCUCCAUCAUAGGCCACAGUAUGGGUGGGAAUGUUGCUGGACUGUUCAGUGCUCUGUAUCCCGAGAUGGUGGAUGCUGUCGUGCUUCUGGACUCCUAUGGAUUUUUACCUACAGAUGUGAAAAAAAUGCCUGAAGUGAUAAGACAGGGGAUGGAUGAGAUGCUUCAGUUUGAGAAAAAGACAGAAGAAAAGAAAAGAGUUUAUACUUAUGAGAAGGCAGUUGAGAGGCUUCUGGCUGUAAACCAGACUCUGUCUGAACAGUCUGCUCACGUCCUUUUAGAGCGAGGUCUGGUUCAAGUUGAAGGAGGAGUUGUGUUCUCUCGAGACUUUCGUAUUAAUCUGAAAAACAUAGUGCGCAUCAGUUUGGAGCAGAGUCUGGAGAUGCAGUCGAGGAUAAAAGCCUCCGUCCUUGUUGUUCUAGCAGAAAAUGGCUUUGAGAAACUAUUUACUGAACAAGAUCAAAAGAAAUUUACAUCCGCUCUUCUCCAGGCCUAUAGGGACAGAAAUCACACAGUGGUGACAGUACCAGGCGAUCAUCACAUACAUCUGAACGAUCCUAGUGUUGUCGCCCCACUUGUGUCGGACUUCCUGCGAACCAAAGUGCUGGCGCUGUCAGACGAACUGACAGAUGCAUCCACCUCUAAGUUAUAGCAAACACACAAAGAAGCAACAAUUUUACCAGCCAGUACUUAAAAUCAGCAGCGUAACAUGAAUGAACAACUUUUUGUUAAUAUUUUAUGGACCGUUGUAAAUUGUUUUAUUUACAGUGUACUGUACCGUUUACCGUUUGGUGCUUUAACCACAAUCAACCAACUGCCUUAGUGUCAACUACUGUAGCUACCACGUGUUACUUUUGGUGGACUCAUGACUUAUUGAAAGUAUUUUAAUAUAUAUUAAGGUGUGCUGUUCAUUUUAGUGACGGUGACAUUGUGAACAAAAUAAGUCUUGUUUCACACCAAGCUGCUUUUUUUAAACUCCAGAUGGACUCAGUGUGUUUUGGGCACAGUUUUUUUUUUUUUGCUUACUGAUAAAAUGAAUAGUCACCAUUCAUAACCAGGUGUAAUUAAUUCUUAAUUGUCAUACCAAGUCUGUGUUUAUCUCCUUUGUACUGGCAGUGGGUCAACACCAGGCUUUCGUGCAAUAAUUUGUGAAUUUGAACAGUAAAAUUUCCGUAAC